UCCCUGAGCGUUCAGUGAGACAUCCUCCAAGUUCCAAGCAUGCUACCUAUCUUCUCUUGCUGUCAAAGCGAAACUAGACUUUAAAGCCAAGCAGAUUAUAUUUUUAUCUAUUCAGUACUCCUUGUAUAAAAGGUAAUGGUUAUGUUAUGACAUUGUACAUCAGUACUUGUUAGCGCUUCCUUAUCAGCAAUCAUAUGCCCAUGGUUUUCUCCGUAAUCAGAUCAAGCCGAGGCCUGAUUAGGCCGCUUGAGCGGACACCAUCCGGCAUUCUUGAUCUCUCAGUCAUUGACAGAUUGCCUGUGCUAAGAUGCAAUGCUCGAACACUACACGUGUUUAGGCACGGUCCUGAAGCAGCACAGGUGAUCAAAGAAGCCCUGUCCAAGGCAUUGGUUCCGUAUUAUCCUCUUGCAGGAUGGCUUAAAGAGUCCAGCCAGGGUCAGCUUCAAAUCGAAUGUUCUGCACAAGGUGUAUGGUUCGUUGAGGCAUCAGCUAAUUGUACUCUCGACACUGUUAGUUACUUUGAUAAUGUCAUGUCUAUCCCCUAUGAUGAUCUGCUUCCGGAUUAUGUUCCUGAAACUGAAGGGACAGAACCUCUUGUGCAAAUGCAGGUUACUCAAUUUGAAUGUGGGGGUUUUGUGAUUGGACUCAUAUUCUGCCACGCUAUCUGUGAUGGCCUUGGUGCUGCGCAAUUCCUCAACGCUGUUGGGGAGAAUGCUAGAGGCCUUGAGCAUCCAAGCACUACGCCAGUGUGGUGUAGAGACUUUUGUCCGCUCCCACCCCAGCAAGAAAAGAUGAAUACCUUGCCAAAACUACCACCAGCAAUGCCCAAUUACAGGCUACAGCAUGCCAACAUAGACAUUUCUCUUGAUCAAAUUAAACAAGUCAAGACAGAAUUUCAUGAUUCAACUAGUCAAAUGUGCUCCACAUUUGAAGCCGUCGCGGCCACAUUUUGGAAAUUCCGAACUCUAGCUGUAAACUUCGAGCAAAAUACUGAGGUCAAGCUUGUUUUCUUUGCAAAUUGUCGUCAGCUCUUGGAACCUCCGUUGCCUAAAGGAUUCUAUGGCAACUGUUUCUUCCCAGUGACAAUCACAACUUCAAGUGAGACGCUAGCACAGGCAUCAAAUGUUGAGGUGAUAAAGCUAAUACAAGAAGCAAAAGGUAAUCUACCAGUAGAAUUCUCCAAGUAUUUGAAGGGUGACUAUAUGAAAAAUGGAGAGGACCCGUUUGCACCACCGCUAAUCUACACCACUCUGUUUAUAUCAGAAUGGGGCAGAUUAGGAUUCAAUCAGGUGGAUUAUGGAUGGGGUCCUCCAGUUCACAUUGUUCCCAUUCAAGGGUCCAGCAUUAUUCCUGUUGGCAUUGUUGGAUCACUGCCAUUGCCGAAGAAAGGCAUCCGUUUGAUGACAUGGUGUGUCGAAGAGGUCCAUCGCCAACCAUUCAUCGAUCAAAUGGUGAAAGUUAUUUGAAUUCCUGCAAAUGCAAAUUUGACAAAAUAAAACAAUAAAUCGUUUUACUCUGAAUUUGUGUGUUUUUUUUAACUAUGAAAUAGAGGAGGAUCGAUGAAAUUUAAGCA